GUUUCGGAUGGUAUAUAAAGCGAUCCAGUUGAUUUACAGUCAUCAAUCGUUCAGUGUCUUAUACAAGAACAACAUCACAACAACAAAUAAUGAUGAAAGUGUUUGCCGUAGUACUUUUAGCUGGAUUAGCUUAUGCAGGAAGAUUGGAAAAUACUUAUCUUCCUCCGGGAAGCUCAAAAACAGCGGGUGGUGCACAAUUUUUAGCUACCCCCUUUAAUGGGCCAACUCAAUCAUCGCAUUUCCAACCAUCUCAAUCUUUCCAACCAUCCACUCAAUAUGGAUCUCCAAUUAUCCAAUCUAGAAGACCAGCUUUCCAUCAAUCUCCCGUAACUUCUUAUGGGACUCCAGCACAUUCUGCCCCAUCCCCUGUAUAUGGUCCAGCUGACUUUAGAUCUAACAACCCAGAAGCUAGGGCCAACAUCAUCCGAGCUGACAACUCUAAUGACGGAUCUGGAAAUUAUCAUUUCGAGUAUGAAACUGAGAACAAAAUCAGCCAAAAUGAGCAAGGCCAAUUAAAACAAGUCACUGAAGGUGAAGCUACCGUUGUUCAAGGAAGUUAUUCUUACGCUGGGGAUGAUGGCAAAGUUUACACAGUUAACUAUAUUGCUGAUGAAAACGGAUUCCAACCUAUCGGGGAACACAUUAAUCAAGCUAUAUCAAUGACUGCUUCUGAUGCUGCUAAGAGUGCCAUUACUGAAGGAAAAGGAUACAAUUAUAACUCUCAACAAGCUUACAAGAGUUAUCAAGGAUAUUCUGGAACUAACCAAGUUAAUGGACAAACCUACAAUCAAGGAACCAACAAUGGAGGGUAUAGAUACUAAGUAAUUUAAAAUAUCCUUUAUAGAAAUUAAUAUUUUUGGUAUGCAAAA